UGUCGCUCGAUGUUCAUCCCAACCGAUCAUCGUAUAGAUGCACGACAAGAUCUGCCAAACGAUCCGCCAGACCAGACGCAAAUCACCAUCACCCCUUCUAGAACCACUGUUCAACCGACGAAUACAGGCGGUCUGUUGUCGACUGCCGCGGCGGGCACCAACCUGGCAUGGUGGCAGCUUCUUUGCAUCGGAUUGGGAGGAGCUAUCGCCCUAUGUAUCCUCGUAUGGGUCUAUUGGCGACACAAAAGAAAGCGGAAGAUCGACAAGAAGAGGGUUUCGGAAGCUGAGAAGGAAGAGGCAGCACGGGUGAAAGAAGAGUUAGAAAGGCAGAAGAGGGAGGCGAAAGGCGAGGAAAAGAGUAAAGGGAGGAAGGGAAAGCGACGAGACACAGUGAAAGCUACGAUAGUAUCAGUGAUGGAGGCACCAUCCGACCGAGAAGAAGGCGAAGGAUGGUGGACCGUCGUGGAAGGGGUAGACGGCAUGGCAGAGGCAGACGACGAUGGAGCGAGUCAGAGACGGAAAGUGAUUCUGAAGAUACUGAAUUUGAUUACAUCCCCAGGAAACGGAGAGACAGGAGGCGCGGACGAUAUGGAAGAGGAGAAAGCGAUGAUGAGAUCAACGACAUUUACGACAGGCGACACGGUAAACAAGGGAGGCGCUACGAACCAGAGAUGCCGCCGCCAGCGCCAGUCAACACCCGAGGAGCUGGACGUAGCAAGCGAGAGACAUUUCGAGAUAGUGUGUUCUCUUCCUAUUCGUCAAUGAAGAAGGCGGCAGUCAGGUUGAAGUAUGUGGAACAAAAGGUCAAAUUGAAGAAACAGCUCGAGGCGGAGGAGGCUGUGGAGCAGGCCAGAAGGGAAAAGGUUAUCCAGGCGAACAGGGAUCUGAAACGACAGCAAGAGGAAGAGAAGAAAUUGAGGAUUAUAGAAGAGAUUCGAGCGGAAAAGAAGUUGAAACGAGUGGAACGAGAGAUGGAAGAGGCUAAUCGAGAAGUGGAAGAGGCCAACAGACGACUGGAAAGAUCAAGAGGGAGAAUGAGUAAAGAGCAAGGCAGUGGAGAUAGUGGUAGGUUGGGGGCAAUCUCCUCGAUAGCUGAAUCUUUAGGUCGACCCCUAAUCCCACCUGCUCGGAGCUACACACUGUCUUCCUCAGGAUCAAGUGGCAGCUCAAAGAGAUUUCCUGCUCCGCCCGGACGCCAUCAAACCCGACCUCCUCCAAACGGAAACCCCAGUCAAACACGGGCGGCCGAGACAUUGUUCGACGCUGAGUCGGCAGCUGUACCUAGGCAGAAGUCUAUCCUUCGCCCACCUCGAAAGCAAUCCACUAUCGCUCCUACGGCUGUGUUGCCGUACGCCACACCUCGACCGACUCGAAAGGGCUCAGCAUUAGGUAGCGAAAUCAACCACCUUCUCGGAGCCGAUAGUCAGCCAUCCAAAAAUCGACCAUUAUAUCCGCCACCACAAGGCGUCGUCAAAGUGCCACCACUGCCGCCACAAAUGCAGAACGAUUUUCAAGCGUCAUGGCUAUCUCGGCCUGGACCAGCGUUGAGCGUACCACAGACAGCGCGCACAGAUAGCGUGUACGUCUCUGUCACUCGUCCGAAAGACAGACCAAUCAUUCCGCCGGGAGGUCUCGCGCCUGCGCCACCUGGAAAGAAAAGGCAGGAGAGAAAGAUUACGUCGACUGGUAUCGAUUCGGCGAGCGGGAAUAAUAAGUGGACUAAUAGACUGAGGGCAAAGCGAUAGUUUGGGCUCCGAGGGAUCAUGAGAGGUAGAUUAUGACAUGUAAGCCUUCGAAGCUCAUUUUACAC